UUACAUCUCCCGCUGCUCGCAGUGAACGUUUAUGGGGAGAAACCGAGACAGUGUAGAAACAGCAGAAGCCUUUAAACUGAAUGGAGAGCAUUUACAAACAAUAGUAAGGGUGUUUCAGUCGGGCGAUACAGCUUAGUCGACUGUGGAGUCGCCGGGGUGUUUCCAGUAACGAUUUUAUCCCAAAACGUCUCCAUCCCCAUUUCUCUUUGUCUUCAUUUUGACUACUUUUUCGCAGCGAAUGGCGCAGCUGCACUUGGACGCGCGGUGAUUGGUGGGGACCGUUCCUCACAUCUGCAGUUUCUGCAACAGCGUCUCUAGGGAAGCUUUGACUUUCCAGCAGAGCGGCACAGCGCCACCUUACGUUGACUGAAGGAAUAUUGACACAAUUGCAGUUAUGUUGAACUGGAAAGUAUCAGGACCAUUUAGCCAUGGUUAAAAAGGAAUUAAUGUCAUUGCAUUAUAUAACAAAAUAUGAUAUAAAACCAGACUGGAUUUCUAUCAAUGAAAGAUAGAACAAGUACACAUUUCGAGCAUAAAUACUAUUCAAAAUGAAGACAAAAAAGUAUUUGUGCCAUUUUACAGCUUAGUGAAAAACUGUAAACACUGUGUCUGUGUGGCACUAUAAAAAUUCCUGUGUUUGUUUUGAGCAAACCGCUUGGACACGCCUCACACAACAUUACUUAACCAAUGGCGUGAGUUGGAGGUGGGGCUAUCUCUUUUGUUUGAUCAAUGGCAGAUGAGGGGCGUAAUCAGAAAGCUAGUUUGAAAACAUUGUUUAUUUUUAUAAUUCCAUUUGGUGGCGCUAAUGUCGCAGGAAUUACAUACUUCAGCUUUAAAUGGAUAGUUCAACCCAAAAUGAAAAUUCUCUCAUCAUUUACUCACCCUCAUGCCAUCUCAGAUGUGUAUGACUUUCUUUCUUCAGCAGAACACAAAUAAUGAUUUUUAGUAGAAUAUCUUAGCUCUGUAGGUCCUUACAUUGCAAGUGAAUAGUGAUCAGACCUUUGUUGCUCCAAAAAUCAGAAUCAAUUAUGAUUUUUAGAGCUACAAAUGCCUGAUCACCAUUCACUUACAUUGUAAGGAAAAUAACAUAAAGGGAAUAUAAAAGUCAUUCAUAUGACUCCAGCGGUUAAAUCCAUAUCUUCAGAAGCAAUAUGAUAGCUGUGGGUGUGAAACAGAUGAAUAUAUAAGUCCUUUAUAACUAUAAAUUCUCCUCCAUAUCCAGUAGGUGGCAACAUGCAUGAAGUAUGCGAAUUGCCAAAAACAAAAGUAGUGAAAGUAUAAUGGAAAUUGGGGAUUGAUCUUAAAAAAGGGCAUAAAUAUUGAUCUGUUUCUAACCCACACUUAUUUAGCUUCUGAAGAUAUGCAUUGAAUCACUGGAGUCAUAUGAAUUACUUUUAUGCUGCCUUAUAUGAUUUUGGACCUUCAAAGUUCUGGCCACCAUUCACUUGCAUUGUAUGAACCGAUUUUUGGGUGACCUAUCCCUUUAAAUGUAAUUGCAAAAUUGCUAGAAAAGGUGAGGUUAGUUUUUAUGUAGUGAAAUGUUUAGGGGGCAUACACAAUACACAUAACUUUUGGUCAUUUGUAAUCAGUUCUCUUUGAAUUGAGAUUUUCAACCAACUUUUUAUGAGAUUGCCCAUUCCUGUUUACAGGUCAUUAAUCAUGAUAAUGUAAGAAGUACACCGAUGAGCCAAAACAUUAUGACCACCUGCCUAAUAUACUGUUGGUCCUCCGCGUGCUGCCAAAACAGCACCGACCCACUGAUGCAUGGACUCUACAAGACCCCUGAAGGUGUCCUGUGGUAUCUGGCAUCAAGACAUUUGCAGCAGAUCCUUCAAGUCCUGUAAGUUGCGAGGUGGAGCCGUCGUGGAUCGGACUUGUUGGUCCAGCACAUCCCACAGAUGCUCAAUUGCAUUGAGAUCUGGGGAAUUAUGAGGUCAAGGCAACACCUUGAACUCUUCAUCAUGUUUUUCAAACCAUUCCCAAACAAUGUGUGCAGUGUUUCAGGGCGCAUUAUCUGGCAGAAAGAGGCCUCUACUAUCAUGGAAUACCAUUACCCCGAAGGGGUGUACCUGGUCUGCAAUGAUGUUUAGGUAGGUGGCACGUGUCAAAUUGACGUCCACAUGAAUGGGUUUCCCAGCAAAACAUUGUCCAGAGCAUCACACUCCCUCCACCGGCUUGUCGUCUUCCCACAGUGCCAUCACUUCCCCAGGUAAAUGGUGUGCACAUACACAGCCGUCCACGUGAUGUAAAAGAAAAUGGGACUCAAUGGACCAGGCGACCUUCUUCCACUGUUCCAAGGUCCAGUUCCUAUGCUUGCGUGCCCAUUGUAGGCGCUUUCGCCGGUGGACAGGGGUCAUCAUGGGCACUCUGACCGGUCUGUGGCUAUGCAGCCCCAUAUGUAGCAGUGUGCAAUGCAAUGUAUGUUGUGACACAUUCCUUCCGUAACCAUCAUUAAAAUUUUCUGUGACUUGUGCCUAAGUAGACUUUCUGUCGGUUCGGACCAGAUGGCAUUGGUGGAAGUGGUGGCUCAGCGGUUAAGGUUCUUAACCGGAACCCAGAAGGUCAGGGGUUCAAGCCUCAGCACCGCCAAGAUGCCACUGUUGGGCCUUUGAGCAAGGCCUUUGACCCUAUCUGCUCCAGGGGCACCAUAUCAUGGCUGACCCUGUGCUCUAACCCCAGCUUUGCUGGGCUAUGUGAAAAAAAGAAUUUCACUGAAUAUGUUCAAAAUGUAUAAUGUGUGACAAAAAAAUAAAGGCUUCUUCUUCUUCAUAGCCUUCGUUGCCCUCACACAUCGAUGAGCCUUGGGCGCCUCAGACUACUGUCGGUAGGUUCCACUGCUGACCAGGAGCACCCCACAAGCCUUGCCGUUUCAGAAAUGCUCUGACCCAGUUGUCUGGCCAUAAAAUAACAUAAAAUUUGGCCCUUGUCAAAGUUGCUCAGGACUUUACUCCUGCCUAUUUCUCCUGCAUUCAGCACGUUGACUAUGAGAACUGAUUGUUCACUUAUCAUCUAAUCUACCCAGACAUUGACAUGUGGCCUUGUUAUGAGAUGAUCAACGUUAUUCGCUUCACCUGUGAGUGGUUAUAAUAUUUUUGGCUCAUGAGUGUAUUCAGCUUCAGGUGUCGUGUUAUUCAUUUGAACUGCACAAUGAGGACUGAAGACGCUACAGCAUCAUUUUCUGUUAAUAUCUGUAAAGCUGCUAUGAAACGAUGUGUGUUGUGAAAAGUGCUAUACAAAUAAAAAUGAAUUGACUUGACCUUUAUGGAUGGUGGCAUUUUUUUCAUGAGGAGGCCACCCAUGUCACAUGGCCCUGUUGGUGUAGCAUUGCAUUAAUUUCACUAGGUUCAGCAUUAAUUCAAAGAAAAUUAAAACAAAGAAAUUUUGAUAAUUAUAUAUGCUACUAAUUUUUUUUAGAGUACCGAAACAAACAAGAAAAAUUGUUGCUGAUCAGUUCAGCUUUAUUAAACUGAAAGGGAUAGUUCACCCAAAAAUGAAAAUUCUCUCAUCAUUUACUCAACCAUAUGCCAUCCCAGAUGUGUAUGACUUUCUUUCUUCUGCAGAACACAAACAAAGAUUUUUAGAAGAAUAUCUCAGCUCUGUAGGUUCUCACAAUGCAAGUGAAUGGGUACCAAAAUUUUGAAGGUCCAAAAAGUAUAUAAAGGCAGCAUAAAAGUAAUCCAUAAGACUCCAGUGGUUCAAUGCAUAUCUUCAGAAGCUAAAUAAGUGUGGGUUAGAAACAGAUCAAUAUUUAUGUCCUUUUUUACUGUCAAUCCCCACUUUCAGUUAUACUUUCACUUCUUGUUUUGUUUUUGGCAAUUUGCAUACUUCAUGCAUGUUGCCACCUAGUGGGUAUGGAGAAGAAUUUAUAGUAAUAAAGGACUUAAAUAUUGAACUGUUUCUCACCCACACCUAUCAUAUCACUUCAGAAGAUAUGGAUUUAACCGCUAGAGUCUUUUAUGCUGCCUUUAUAUGCUUUUUAGAGCUUCAAAUUUUUGGGUGAACUAUCCCUUUAAACUUUAUUGCGAGUCUCAAAUCUCAAAUAAACAGGAAGUAUGUUUCCAAACUUACUUCUUCAGAUACAGUAUGUGCACACUUACUGUAUAUUCUUCCUCUUUCUUCUUCUGUUUCCCCCCCCUAACAAAGAGCUAAAAUGGGAGGCGCAGUAAGUGCUGGGGAAGACAAUGACGAGUUGAUUGACAACCUUAAAGAGGCCCAAUACAUUCGCUCUGAUCUGGUUGAACAUGCCUUCAGGGCCAUUGAUCGUGCUGACUACUAUCUAGAGGAAUUUCGUGACAGUGCAUACAAGGACCUGGCCUGGAGACAUGGCAACAUCCAUCUCUCUGCACCCUGUAUCUAUUCUGAAGUGAUGGAGGCCUUAGAUCUUCAGCCUGGCCUGUCCUUCCUCAACCUAGGCAGUGGCACAGGCUAUCUCAGCACCAUGGUGGGACUUAUAUUGGGGCCAUUUGGUGUGAAUCAUGGUGUUGAAUUGCAUGAAGAUGUUAUAGAGUAUGCUUACCAGAAGCUGGACUUCUUCAUCAAGACAAAUGAUAGUUUUGACAGGUUUGAAUUCUGUGAGCCCUCCUUUGUGGUGGGAAACUGUCUGGAAAUUGCCCCAGAAAGUAAGCAGUAUGACAGGGUUUACUGCGGCGCAGGAGUCCAGAGGGAACAUGAAGACUACAUGAAGAAGUUGUUAAAAGUAGGGGGUAUCUUAGUACUGCCUCUGGAAGAAAAGCUCACUAAAAUUACUCGGACAGGAUAUAACACUUGGGAGACGAGAAAGAUAAUAGCUGUGUCCUUCGCACCACUUGUGCUCCCUAAACACAGGGAAAAUUGCAAACCUAGAGCAGUGUCCCUACCUGCCAUGUUUGAGGUGCGGAGUCUCCAGGAUUUGGCCCGUAUCAACAUCCGUCACAUUUUAAAGAAAGCUGGGUCUGGAUCCUUGCCCCUACUCGGGAGAACUGAAUCCCAGCGGAGAAAUCACCUGAGACAAAAACGUGAGCACCGCGAUUCAGCUCUACUGACCAACAGUUAUUUAUUCAUGAGUCGUCUGAUCCCUGGACCCAUGGAUAACAACAACAACCAGUCAUCGACAGACAAUGAGGAUGAAGAUGAAGACUGCAGGAGGGUUUGUGAACAAGGGGAGAAGAAAGAGGAGGAUGGGAGGAGAAAAGAGGGCGGUAUUUUGGUGAUAGAGACUCCAGUUAACGUUAUAAGGAAGAGGAUACUCAGCCUGCCUUUGCCAGAGCCUCUCAAAAUGUAUCUUCUUUAUUACAGAGAGAAGUAGACCCCACUUACCAGAGUCUUAUGUUACAGACUACUCACAGGUACCUUACACUGUCACUAUCAACCCCUGUCAAGAAUCUAUGGCUGUUUAGUCACCUAUUUUAAUUCAAAAUCAAGUCAUCAUAUCUUAUUUCCAGCUUUUCUUAAAAGUGUAGUUCACCCAAAAAUGAAACUUCUGACAAUCUACUUACCCUUAUGUAGUUUAAAAACCACAUCUUUCUUUCUUAUGUGGGACACAAAAAGUUAAGGAAAAAUGUAUCAUAAAAGUAGUUAAUGCAGCUCGUGCAUCAUAUUUCAAGUCUUCUGAAGUCAUUUGAUAAAGAAAGAAAAGAUAGUCAUAUGGGUUUGGAAUGACACGAGGGUGAGAAAAUUAUGAGAAUUUUCAUUUUUGGGUCUACUAGCCCUUAAAUUAACAUGAAUUGUUUCAAGUUAACAGCCUCUUACCACAUAGUCCUGGCCACCUUUUCUUUUACAUUACUCUUAACAUUAUUUAAUUGAGAUACGUACUUAAGUUUAUAAACGUAAUAUCUGGAUUUGGAAUCAAGAGUACAAACUAUUACACUAUGGUAUCAAAGAGAAUGAAAAUUGUUAUAUUUUAAUUUGUGGAUGGACUUUUUCUAAUAGACACAAGAUAAAUGGCUAAUCAUCUAUUAAAUCAUAAAAGCAGUAUAGUUUCUUGUCAAAAAUCUCUUGGCAUUUGUGUGUAUAAUUGAGUAAGUAAUUGUGUCUGUAUGUAUUAACAUAGAAGCUGUUAAAGCCACUUGUAUUCUUCUGGUGUAAGGAUUUGUAAAAUCAAAUGUGUAAUUGUGUACCUACUGACACAUAUUUUGUGCAAAUGCAAAGACAGGUUAAAAAAAAAAAAAAAAGUGUUCGUCAGUUCAACAUAAAGUCUUGUACAGUUUCAGAAAAUUCAAGAUAAAGACUGAUUAUCUGAGGUGUUUUGCUAUUGCUAUUUUAAAAUAAGUCUUGGGUUUGUACUGAUAUCAGGGUCCUUGUUUUGAUAUUCAGAAGGUAUAGUUAUAUAGGUAUAGUGGUGCUCUUAAUUAUGCUUACACUUUGUCCAGUGCUGUUGGAAGCACUGAUAAUGAAACUAAGAAUAGUUGAACCAAGGCAUACAUCAUAGAAGAAAUGUCUUCCCACAGUGAUGGAAUGUUAGGUGAUUGAAAUGUUUUUCAACAUUACAUCUGCUUAUUAACUACAACUCAUUUGAAUUCAAAUGAAAGUGAAUGUGGCAAACAUAUAUAUAUACAUUUGUAGCCU